AUGGCCUCCAAUUCCGAGCUCGCGGAAAUCAAGCUACUCCUCCACUCUCUCGCCUCGGACAUCAAAGCCGUCAAAGCCGACGUCGCGGAGCUCAAGAAGAAGAGCCAAGUCCAAAGCCAACAGAGCACCCCAACCUGCGCCAAACGCACAGAUGGUGGUCCAAAGUUACCCGACAUCGAAAAAGCACUGAGCGACACCGAGAACAAAUUGGCUGAUCAGAUUCGCGAUACCCAGUCAACGAUCUUGCAGCUUGUCGAGGAGGAGAAGGUCUUGAUCCAGGCGGAGGUGGUCCAGCUCAGCCGCACUGUGGGAACUGCGUUGGAGAAUGCGAAGGAAAAGAUGAUGGAAAAGGUUGCUGAGGUGGUGGAUGAGAACGGUCGCAAGCGAAGCAGGUCCACGGCUGGUCUUGAUGAGAGUGACGAUGAAGAUGAUGAGAGUGAUAUGGAUGAAGACAACCCGAACGACUAUGACUCGUGGACGAAGCGGAGGCGGGUGUCAUCCGCUCUUGAUAAGACCGUGAUGGACAUCAUCGACAUAGCUGGAGAGACCUUUGAUAAUGGCGGAGUCGCGCUUGAGUGGCUUCUCGGGGCACUCAUCUCGUUCCAUAACAGGGCCAAUGGCGGCAGGAUGAGACGCUGUACUGUUUAUACGGGCUUUUCUACCAUGGGCAUGAGCAUGAAGGGGUUGCUGAAGGCCUCUGCUUCUGCAGGGAACGUCAUCCGCCCGGCUUGA